CCUACUCCAACAGCUACAAAUACCCCCUCCUCCUUCGCAAAAAAAAGAAGUCUUGGCUUCUUGGCAAUUCGUCAAACGCAGCACGCACCUACAAGAGGCGGCUGUUUGUGAGCUGCCCAUACACCGCAGCACCACUUCAAACGAAGCCUCUCUCAGCGAGUGAGGGUAAAUAGGUAAACAUCUCCCCCGAACUGGGCUCCCUCCCAGCGGGUCGCUCUGUCUCCAGUGACGCUGAACGCUGCCUUUACGCUCGGGGCUCUGCGCUCGUUCCAAACCAGUGCCAGUUCCAGUAAGCGAAAGAGGAGGUAAACACCGAGCAGGACUCAAGUGAGCGGAGCCUCAGCCCGGAGAGCGUAAAGAUGAUUUGGGUGCUGGUGUGUGCGCUGGUCACCCUCAGCGUGGCGGAUGAGCUGGACAUCCUCUACCCCGACCUGGAGCACUCCAGGACCAUCUAUGUCACGGAAAACGCCCCCCGGAUAUCGGUGCUAUCUCAGCAGGACAAGGUGGUCUCUCAGCGGGGGGGCAACGCCACACUGCCCUGCACCAUACAGCGGGACCAGAUGAUGCCCCCCAACCACAAGAUGAGGAUCAAGUGGACCAAGCUGACCUCCGACUACCUUAAAGAGGUGGACGUCUUCGUCGCCAUGGACUACCACAAGCGGAGCUACGGGCGCUUCCACGGGCGGGUCCACCUCCAGGGCGCCUCCCCCUUGGACGCCUCCCUGGUGAUCAGCGACCUCACCCUGGAGGAUUAUGGGAGAUAUAAGUGCGAGGUCAUCGACGGCUUGGAGGACGGCACCACUGUGGUUUCCCUCGACCUUCAAGGCAUCCUCUUCCCCUACUCGCCGCGCCUCGGCCGCUACAACCUCAACUUCUACGAGGCGGAGCGGGCGUGCCGGGAGCAGGACGCGGCGGUGGCGUCCUUCGACCAGCUGUACGAGGCGUGGCGCGGCGGCCUGGACUGGUGCAACGCUGGCUGGCUGAGCGACGGCUCCGUGCAGUACCCCAUCACCAGCCCCCGGGAGCCCUGCGGCGGCAAGGCCACCGCGCCGGGCGUGCGGAGCUACGGCGUGCGGGAGAAGGAGAAGAACCACUUUGACGUCUUCUGCUUCACCUCGCACUACAAGGGUCGGUUCUACUACCUGAUCCACCCCUCCAAGCUGACCUAUGACGAGGCGGUGGGGGCGUGUCUUAAGGACGGGGCAGAGAUCGCCAAGGUGGGCCAGAUGUAUGCCGCCUGGAAGCUGCUGGGCUACGACCGCUGUGACGCCGGCUGGUUGGCCGACGGCAGCGUCCGUUACCCUAUCUCCCGCCCCCGCCGGCGCUGCAGUCCAACCGAAGCGGCCGUGAGGUUCUCCGGCUUCCCAGACAAGAAACACAAGCUGUACGGAGUGUACUGCUUCAAGGGCCAGCACUGAGCACGCACACGUACACACACAUACAAAGACAUAGUUAGACACACACACCCACACAGGCAAGCACACACAUACACAUGCAAAAAAUAUACACACAAAGACCGAUAAACACACAAACACACACAAAUACACACAUGCAUGUUAUCUGUGUGUGCAGGUGCAUAAUAAAGGUGCACACUUAGACACAGGGAGCCCUGUGUUUUGGGGGGAGGGGUGGGUGGGUGUUAGACAUUGCGUCAGGCAUGAACAAACACAACAUACACACAAACAGAAACUGUGAUGCUUUACUUUCUGAAAACAAGAAGACAAAAUAAGACGUAUUUGUCCAACUCAUGUCUCCAAAUGCUCCACCGUGUUUAUACGUCUUAUCCUUUCCCAGUGAGGGAAUAUAAUUAAUAGUUUACGCCUAUAUUUACAGUUCAUAAUAUUUAAUAGUUUGUUUGUUUUUUCAAGCAGGGGUACAGACACUGCAGGAGAGAGAGAGAGGGGGAGGAGUCUGACGUAGAGUCACAUGACCACACAUCCAGUGUUGUUUCAAGAAUCGGCCGAUGCAUGAGAUUCACUUGGAAACCACACCGCUUCACUGACAUCCAUGUUAAAGGUGACAUCUUAUACCACCAGGUCUGAGUGUGAUUAGCCGUUACAAGCCGUUUUGAAAAUCGGCCUCUUCUGACAACAUAGGUGGGCGUGUCCACAUAGAUGUAUGAUGGAUAGAUGAGCAGUCUUUGCUACAGUCCACUGGGUAGGCUGGUAGACUGAUCUAUCCAGCACACAUUUAGGUGGACACGCCCACUUUUGAUGUCAUAAGAGGCAGAUUUUCAAACAGCUUGUAACGGCUAAUCACAUUCACACUUGGUGGUAUAAUAUGUCACCUUUAAAGAGUCCUUAUCGCUGGACUGAUACUUCCCGACGCUUAUGUUACACUCUGUAUAUUUUCACAUCCAGCACACCGCAUCCAAGCCAUCACACACACACCAACACACAACGUGGGGAGGAAUCAAAUAAGAUGGAGGCUUGCGCAAACCCGAGCACAAACAUGUAACGCGAUCGACCUCUGCUGUCCUGUUUGAUUUUCACAAGGUGCUAUUGAUUUGUACGUCGUUAGGAAAAUCUGUUGCGUGUUUUAUGUUUUUGUAUCAACGUGUUGUUGUGUACCCAACAGACCAAACAUCGGUGUCGCCCCCGGCAAAGAGACAAAAAAAAUCAAACAAACGUCCGACCCAACCAUGACUCUUGUUCCAUCGUUUUUGAGUAUGACUAUUGUAGAAUGUGAGUAUCUAGGGAGAAUGUUAUUGUUGUUCAUAUUUUGUGAUAAAAAAAAGAAAUUAUUAUAGUUAUUAUUACACAGUUAUUUUUGAUGUUCCUGACAAAAUUGUCCGGAUGCCUGGGUGUAAACGAAAACAUCUGUAACUAUAAAGAACAAACAACAACAAUAACAAAACAGGGAGGUAAACAUUUGCACAGAAAAUACAGAAGUAGAGGCCUGUAAGAGCAUACUGCGGCCAAUAGACAACAUUAAAGCGAACCAUCGAAGGCCCUGCACAGCAAUAAUAAAAUGCCUUGGCGUGGAAACAUAGUGUGAUUAAGUUUUGUGAACGCUUGAAGGUGGCUGGAUGGAGGUGUUUGGCUUUCUUUGGAGCAUGCCUUCACCUCUCAACCUAUAGCACACUGCAGCAGAGCAAAGACCUCCCUGUUUAAUAAUACACACCGUUUUAUAGAGAAACGGUUUCUUAAGAGACAGGCUACAUACUGUGUAAAAGAGUACAUGGCUGUUGCCGUAGCGGUUUAAGCUCUCACGUUAACCAUGCACAAGCAGUUAACGCCUCGGGAACAAGCAAGAGAAAAAUCUAUGGUCAUUCAAAAAAACAACAACGAUUAAUGAAUGCAGAGCUGAGGGAUUUGACCAUCUAAGGACAGAGAGGGGGAGUUUUGGUUUUGAGUGAGCUCACUAUGGUUCGGUCCCAACUGGCACUUAGAGAACAUAAGGUCAUCAGCUCAUUUACCAGAGCGGCAGCUUAGCUUAAAUUGGCUCUGCGUUUCUGUGACAAGCCACCAGGAGAUCAGGGUCGCAACGAACAAGAAAAAUAAAAUCUGCUUCUGGACACACUCAUGGAAGUGGCUUUAUUUUUUGAUGGUGGACAUUGUUACUGUUGUUAGCCUUCGUGCUAAACUUUGUGCUAGGACUAUCGCUGUUUUUUCCAGCCUACGCCAAUAAACUACAAGUGUUCAUUAAUGUACAGUUAGUGAGGAACUGCUGCAAAAAGCGAAACAAGUUAAAGAAUAAAAUGUUGUUUAUUCAAGGUUCCUUUUUUUUCUAAACGUGCUCGAAAAUGUUUACGAGAAUACUGAACUGUGAAAUCAUUACAUUAUUUCAGUUGACUCCAUCAUUUCCUUGUCUUCGAUUCCAGGCAAGUAUUUCUUUUUUAUUUGUGUAUUGUACCUAAUCCAUCGAGGCCAUGAGGCGCCGAUUAAACACAAUCUCUACAAAAAAACAACACAAUCUCUACAGACCCAAGUACCAAAUAAUUAAAUAAAAGCCGUAGAUAAGUCCA